UAUCUGUGGACUGGCUGUCGACAGCGUCCCUGACCAAGGAGAGAAGAUCAGGCAAUGUGAGAACAGGGAAAAAAAGACAGACCGGCUGCAAAAUGAUGUCUCACAAGCAGUUGUGCGAGUAUGAAACGCCAUCCGUCACCGAACUACAGAACUUCCUGUUGGAUGACAGACGACCCACUGGACAUGUCAACCAUGUGUGGCCUAAUGUGUACAUUGGCAAUGAGGUCGCGGCACGAGACAAGCCGAUGCUGUAUAAUAUGGGGAUCACACACAUUGUGAACGCUGCCAGUGGACCUCCUCAUGUCAACACUGGACCUCGCUUUUACAGAGAUAUGUCCAUAGAUUACUAUGGAGUUGAGGCUGAUGAUUCUUCAGAGUUUGUCAUGAGCGUGUUCUUCUAUUCAACGGCGAGGUUUAUACGGGCAGCGUUAUCAAAAAAUGGAAAAGUGUUAGUCCAUUGUCUGAUGGGAGUGAGUCGUUCAGCCACCCUGGUGUUGGCCUUCCUCAUGAUCUGCGAGGAUCUGACUUUAAUGGAGGCCAUUAAAGCUGUACGCCAGCACAGGGAUAUCUGUCCUAACCCCGGCUUUCUUAACCAGCUUCGACAUCUUGACAUGAGCCUCGUCCGAGAGAGGAAGAGAAAACUGGAAGCUUACAAAUUAAACGCUCCUAAUGACAAACCGCUGGCCUCUCAGUUUCAAGCUAAAUACACGACGGCAUCACUAUCUGACCUGAGGAGUCUGCUGCUGACCAACAGAAAGCCUUUCGGAUCUGUCAGUUACGUAUGGCCGGGACUGUAUAUAGGAGACGAGUCCUCGGCUCGUGAUAAAGGACUCCUCGCUGAUCUGGGAAUCACUCACAUUGUAAACUCUGCCGACGGAGCCCAUCGCAUCAACACGGGCGCUGGGUUCUACACAGACAUGAGCAUAACUUAUUGUGGAGUCGAGGCUUCAGAUCACCCACAGUUUGAUUUGAGUCAGUAUUUCAGCCCCACUGCAUCCUUCAUUAAAUCAGCACUGGCACAAAACGGUAAAGUGUUGGUCCACUGUGCAAUGGGAGUCAGUCGCUCUGGAGCUUUGGUUUUGGCUUUCCUCAUGAUGUGCAAAGAUCUCACCCUCUCAGAUGCCAUCAUUGCUGUUAGAUUGAACAGGGACAUCUGCCCCAACUCAGGUUUUCUAGAGCAACUGAGAACUCUGGAUGAACUUUUAAAGCAAAGAGACAAACAAAACACUGAAAAAUGUCAUCAACUGAUAAUGACAGUUGAGUUGAGUGGUGCUUGCCUGUGCAAAACUGUCAACUGUCUGUUUCUAGGGUAUUCCGGGUUGUUGCUAUGCUAGGCAGAUCUCUUAAAGGGAUAGUUCACCCCAAAAUAAAAAUGCUGUCAUCAUUUAUUUAUCCUCAUGUCAUUCAAAACCUGGAUA